AUGGGUUUAAAUUGGGACGUUGUGUUUUUCCACAGCAGCAAAGUCUCCCGUGAUACACUGUACGAAGCUGUGAAGGAAGUCCUUCAGGGGAGUCAGGCAAAGACCCGCAAGUUCCUGGAGACUGUGGAGUUGCAGAUCAGUCUGAAAAACUAUGACCCUCAAAAGGACAAGCGUUUUUCUGGCACUGUCAGGCUCAAGUCGGCUCCGAGACCUAAAUUCUCUGUCUGUGUCUUGGGAGAUCAGCAGCAUUGUGAUGAAGCCAAAGCCGUUGACAUCCCACACAUGGAUAUAGAGGCCCUUAAAAAACUGAAUAAGAACAAAAAGCUAGUGAAGAAACUAGCCAAGAAAUACGAUGCUUUUCUGGCCUCUGAAUCCCUGAUCAAGCAAAUUCCUCGAAUCCUGGGGCCAGGACUGAACAAGGCUGGCAAAUUCCCUUCUCUUCUCACUCACAAUGAGAACAUGGUGGGCAAAGUAGAUGAAGUGAAAUCCACAAUCAAGUUUCAAAUGAAAAAGGUGCUAUGUCUUGCUGUGGCAGUUGGACAU